AUGCUGCCAGCCCUCCCAGCCAUGGCUGGAGAUUCUCGGAUCUUCAUGAACCAGGACAUGGACAUCAGGGUCACAUCCCAGGAGCCCAAGAAGAUCCCCAAGCAGGCUCGGGAUGAUGUCCCCAUUGCCACGGACAGGACUCGGCUCAUUUCCGCCGAGGGCAAGAAGCCACGGCAGCGGUACAUGGAGAAGAGUGGCAAGUGCAACGUGCACCAUGGGAACGUCCAGGAGACCUACCGGUACCUCAGCGACCUCUUCACCACCUUGGUGGACCUCAAGUGGCGCUUCAACCUGCUGGUCUUCACCAUGGUCUACACCAUCACCUGGCUAUUCUUUGGGUUCAUCUGGUGGCUCAUCGCCUAUAUCCGGGGAGACCUGGACCACCUGGAAGAUGAGAACUGGAUCCCCUGCGUUGAAAACCUCAGUGGAUUUGUGUCAGCGUUCCUGUUUUCCAUUGAGACCGAGACGACCAUCGGGUAUGGCCACAGGGUCAUCACAGAGAAGUGUCCCGAGGGCAUCGUGCUACUCCUGGUCCAGGCCAUCCUGGGCUCCAUCGUCAACGCCUUCAUGGUGGGAUGCAUGUUUGUCAAGAUCAGCCAACCAAAGAAGAGGGCGGAGACCCUCAUGUUCUCCAACAACGCCGUCAUUUCCAUGAGGGAUGAGAAGCUCUGCCUCAUGUUCCGGGUCGGGGACCUCCGCAAUUCCCACAUUGUCGAGGCUUCCAUUCGUGCCAAACUGAUUAAGUCCAAACAGACCAAAGAAGGAGAGUUUAUUCCCCUGAAUCAAACAGACAUCAACGUAGGAUUUGACACUGGAGACGACAGGUUGUUCUUGGUGUCCCCUCUCAUCAUCUCACAUGAGAUCAAUGAGAAGAGCCCCUUCUGGGAGAUGUCCCGCACACAGCUGGAGAAGGAGGAGUUUGAGAUUGUGGUCAUCCUGGAAGGAAUGGUGGAAGCCACAGGGAUGACUUGCCAGGCUCGCAGCUCCUACAUGGACACCGAGGUGCUGUGGGGACACCGCUUCACCCCCGUGCUCACCCUGGAGAAGGAUUUUUACGAGGUGGACUAUAACAGCUUCCACAGCACCUAUGAGACCCACACACCCGUGUGCUGUGCCAAGGAGCUGGCCCAGUCCCGCCGGGAAGGGCAGCUCCUUGGCCACCUGCCCAGCCUGGGCCAGGACACAGGGACAGCCAGGGAGGAUGAGGACGAGGACAAGGAGGAUGAGGAGGAUGAGGAGGAGGAAGGCAGGGAUCCAGCAGGACUGAGUGGAGCCAACGGGACAGCGGGAGAGGGGAAGGAAGAGGUGCCUGUAUAA